UUACAAUCAUGAUAACACUUCGAACAGUGUGUUUUAUCGUAAUUUUUUCCUCUCUUACCACGGCUUGGUUUGAGAGCUGCGAUCAGCAGAUUCAGCUCACUACCACGGCUAACUUUCAGCUGAUAUCAAGUUUCUACCCUGCGAAAUACCCAUCGGGAAGUUCCUGUCGCUACAUGCUCAUAGCUCCACCAGGAUUUACGGUAGAAGCUAGUUGUACAAUAAAUAUAGAUGUGCCACAAGUAACGAGUUGUUCAACGGAACUGUUCUAUUUUUCUGUGGAAGGCUUUUCGUCAUUGGUGGGAAGCGAAUAUGCAUGUGGUGCCGGAACUUUGGUUCGAAAGUCACUGUUUAACAAGCUAAUGUUAGCAUAUACAUCCGCCAGUACGGACAGUUCCGGCUCCUUUAGUUGUGUAGUGAAAGUUCAACCUCAGGAUUGUGAUUGUGGUUGGUCACGUUGGCAGAAAAUUGUUGGUGGUACCGAAUCCGGUGUAAACGAGUAUACUUCCAUUGUCGGAUUAUUGGAUAAGGUUACGGUUUCCGUAUUUUGCUCCGGAGUAAUAAUCAGUUACAGGUAUAUUCUAACGGCAGCUCACUGCGUAGAGAACACUCCGAACGUAGAACGUUUACAAGCUCUGGUUGGAGAUCAAAACUACCGAACAGGAUUGGACACUCCCUAUUCCCAACUAUACGAUAUUGAAACAAUUAUUAUUCAUGAAGCUUACGUUCAGAGUACCCGAGAUAAUGACAUAUCCCUGAUUCGAACUACAAAAAAUAUGGAUUGGAGUAAAGGGGUCGGCCCAGUGUGUCUUCCUUUCAGUUACAGUACUUAUGAUUUCCAGAACCUUGACGUUGACGUUGCUGGCUGGGGAACAACCAGCUUCGGAGGUCCGCAAAGUACAACGCUUAGACGGACUACGUUGAAAGUGCUAACCAACAACAACUGUAAUGUACAAUAUGUUACCAGCAGUAAAAUCUGCACAUAUAGCCCCGGAAAGGACACCUGUCAGUUCGAUUCCGGUGGUCCACUUUACUUACGUGGAGUCCAGCGGAUGUACGCGAUCGGAAUUGUUAGUUACGGAGGAGUAUGCGCAGGAACUACGCCAUCCGUCAAUACGAGAAUCACUUCCUACCUCGAUUGGAUACAACGCAACACCCCGGAUGCGUACUAUUGUGUAAAACAACAGUGAAGUGUGAAACGGUUUCAGUGGGUUUAAUGUAUUUUUGUAUAAGUCAAAAAAGCAGAUUUCAUAAUUGUAAAUUCAACCUACUGUAAAAUGAGCAGGAAAUAUUGAAAUCAGAAUUCCUAGCAAACAAUUUUGUUGCAUACUAGCUUAUAGGGCUUUAGUUCAGCUAAUCAGCUUAAUAGCAGCUUAACAAGCUGUAAAUCAACAAAACUGUUUAUUGGGUUAUCAAUACAAGCGCCUCUGCCAUUUAAGCAUUCAAUCGCUGCAGAGAUAGACGGGUAAAACUGUAAUAAAAAAUAACAUAAAUUUCAAUUUGUAUAACAUUUUUUAGACGGAUUUUUUUAUUUCAAUAAAUGUUGGUCAUUCUACAUAAAUUCAACUUUUUUGAAAUUGCAAAGGAAUUACGAAAUUUCACGUGAGUGAUAAUAAUUUGUCAACACGAAUCAUAACGAAAUUUGUAUAGGUGCGAACAAACUUUUGAAACUUGUCUUAUUCUUUUGAUAAAUACAGGAAUCGUCAAAAUAAGCAGUUAAAGAACCAUUAACAUAUGACAAAUUUUAUUAUGUUAUUACAUACCGAUUCAAAGAAAUGUUUCACACACCCAUACAUAUUUUUAUUUAUUAAGUAUUCGUUUGA